UUUUCAAACUUCAAUUUUCGUUUUCUUCCGCUGUUUCAAUUUCUACGGUUCCUCAUGUGCUUCUGUAUGUUUGUUUGUUCUUUGUUUGUUCUAGAUUUGAUGAGAAAGUUGCUUAAUUGAUCAAUUAAUAAACUGAAAAUUACUCUUUUGUGGUUUCCGUAAUCAUAGACAAGUAUUAAUAUGAGCCUGAAUAGCAUUUAUUUGGCUGAAUUGCGGCGCAUAAGAUUCGACUGGGUGUCUAGAUAUCAUUUAAUUUCAAAAUAAAUUAAAUUCUGCGUUUGUUUGUACACAAUGGAAAGUAAUUUUGCAUUUGUGAAUAUUCUUUAUGAGAAUUGUAGACAUUAAAGUAUCUGUGAUCUAUGUUUAGCGUAAGAAGUGAUAGUUUAGUUAGCUGCUCAAUACAUGAACUAAUGGGUUGAAAAUUGAUAAUUGGGCAGAAUUCGUUGAAAAAUGGGCAAGCGAAAGGCGAAGGCCAAGCCUGCGCCUAAGAAGCGAAUGGAUAAGCUGGAUACUGUUUUCACUUGCCCCUUUUGCAACCAUGGUGACAGCGUCGAGUGCCGCAUUGACAUGAAGAACUUGAUUGGUGAGGCUAUAUGUAACAUUUGUCAAGAGAGUUUCAGCACAACCAUCACAGCUUUGACUGAAGCCAUAGACAUAUAUAGUGAAUGGAUAGACGAAUGCGAGCGCGUCAACACUGUUGAUGCUGUUGAUGAUGAUGGUGCUUAAGAAGCUGAUGGCAAGUUCAUUCAGUGUUGUUGUAAGGGGAAGGCGAGGGCUGCCAAGUUCUGUCCUUGAGUCAAUAAAGAGCAACUGGCCAGACCUUCAUGUGGUGGUUGUAAAAUGUAAACGCUAUAGUUUCAAAACCUACAUUUGUAGCCAUAUAUAAUCACCAUGUUGUAUUAUUAAUUUGGUUUGUAUAUGUAUGUGUAAUAUAGUCUGAAUUUUAUGAUCUUGCCUAAUUAGUAAAAUAAACGCUCGACUAAGACAUUGUGGUGAUGUGAUGAGUUGGUUAUGGUAUGUCACUCGGUCAGGUUUGUAUUGAG